UCUCGAGUGGCAAGCCGACUGUCAGCCAUGCCUUCCGGCGCCGACGAUCCUGCACCACCUGAACACAGGACGAAACAUGGGCUCCGAGAGUUCAAAGAUGACAUAGUGCUCUUUUUCAAGACUGCUUAUUCGUACUGCACCAGGGAAGAUAUUUGGCUGCUCUGUCUCAUGAUAUUGACUUCGUACAGCGUCAGAGCAGAUCUUUCUGCAGACAUGAAGUAUGCUGUGAAUCAUCAGUGGUUUUAUAUGUUUGCCACCACAUUCUUUGUAAUAGCACCCGUAGUUUUUGUUGGCUUUCUGACUCGAGAUUGGAUAAUUGACAAGGAGGACACCUGUGGCCGAGCUAACUACUCUGACAUUGUGUGUGGUAGCCUAUACAGGUACUGGUUGGCAAUUGAUGCUCUUCGUAAAGCCAAUAAUAACGAGGACAACGAUACAUUCAAGCAGCGUCGUAGUGACUUGCAGUUGUUCGUACUUUACAUGACCCUUUUGAAGUCUGCACCACAGGCUGUCUUCCAGUUCUACGUCAAGUUGGAUACUGAUGGCUGGAAUACUUUCACAGGGUGGUCAGCAUGGGUUUCUGUGGCUACCGCCAGUGUAGCAAUACUCGGCUACCAUAAAGAUGUGAUGGAGCACUGCUCUGGGAAAAAACAAGAGAAGCUUUGGUGUUUGUGUCAUGGCUUCGGCAGAUUGUUGACUGGCGCACCUCGUCUUAUUGCCAUGGCGAUGAUUGGGAUCAAGCGUGACUUGACAGCCUUCCUGAUUAUCUGUCACAACGUUGUGGUGAUGCUGUUCAUCAUUUUAAUGUUGAGGAAUAUGAAGAAAGCCCCAAGAUUGUCCGGCUGGAAGGAACGUGCUGAAGUCCAGCUAACAGCAUUGGCGUGCGUGUUUUGUGUCAGCAACGUAGGUGAUCACUGCAAAGUAGUCAUGCAAACCACGUACUUUGCGUCCACUUUGCUAAACUUGCGCCUUAUCUGCGCCUACCUCACCGAUCAAGAUAAUCAAUUUUCUUCUGAAAAAAUCACCGUAAUUGUCUUCGCCGUAAUAGAGCUAGGAUGCAUCGCGAUGUGUAUCUACAAACUUUUUGAGGACUCUUCCUUUAAUACCCCGGUGCCUUUCUCCCGGAUUAUUCACAAGUCGGAGAUCUCUUUUCAGGAUCUCGAGUGCCUUCAUCUUAACCGUGACCAUCGUCAUGGCACUUACGCGGCAGUGGAAGUACAGCAAAAUCCACCACGACCAUCACGCACACUGUCACAUGCAGGCGCUUCGACGAAUCCACUCUUUGUGGAAGUUCCCAGGGAAGUGACGCCCAUGAACGCAAGCUGCUCUGACACACUUAGCAUGACUGAAGUUGAGACUUUGGUGUAGGAGGCUGUGCAUGUCUAAUGUCUCACUUUCACAAAACGAGUUGUGAGCGGAAAGACAUAGUGCACCUAUCUAUUCAGCCACAUGGCGCAACAUCACCAUCAUCACCACCAACAACAACAACAGCCUCACUACGUCCACUACAGCACAAAGACCUUUUCCAUGUGCCGCCAGGCAACUCGGUGCUGUGCUUGCUGCUACCAAUUUAUACCAGCAAACGUCUCUAUCUCAUCUCCUCAUAACCCGCUUGUCUUUUCGGCGAAUCUAGUUAGUCACCCUGAAUUUCCAACGGUUUUCCUGUGUACGCGCUACAUGCCCGCCCCAUGUCAAUUUCCUAUUCAUGACUUCAACUAUGAUAUCUUUAACCCAGGUUUGUUCCCUGAUCCCCUCUGUUAUCUUCUUAUCUCUUCAAGUUACACCUACUAUUUCCUUUGCGCUGCUUGCUGCGUCCUUCUCAAUUUAAGCGUAACACUUUUUGUAAGUCUCCAGGUCUCUGCUCUAUAGCUAAGUACCAGC